AUGACUCGAAGAUGGCUUCCGUGCAGUGGCACUCCCGGUUCCGCCGUUACCAGUCUGAGCUGGAGUCCUGCCGACUGGAGCAGGUGCCAGUGGAGUUUGGGGAGUACCACCCACUCAAGCCCAUCACUGUGACAGACUCCAAGACGAGGCGGGCGGGGCGGAAGGGAAGCUCCUCCUCUUCCUCCUCGUCCUCUAGCUCCGCCCCUGACCCACUCAGCUCUUUUCUGGAUGGGACUGACCCGCUGUCUCUCUUCGCUGCAGCCGUGACUGACCCUCUGAGCUCAGGAUCCAACGCUGCCGCUGGGGAGCCUGGCAGGAAGAGGCGGGACAAGGAGGAGGAAGUCAGUGUGGGCAGUGAUUUUGAACCCUGGGCCGGCAAGCGCAGUGAAAUCUUAGCAAGAUUCACCACCACUGAGAAGCUGUCCAUUAAUCUGUUCAUGGGCUCAGACAAAGGCAAAGCUCCCAGCCCGGGCUCCGCAGUGUCCGAGAAGGUGAGGACUCGCCUGGAAGAGCUAGAUGACCUGGAGGAGGGUUCUCAGAAGGAGCUGCUCAACCUCUCCCAGCAGGACUAUGUGAACCGCAUCGAGGAGCUCAACCAGUCUCUCAAAGAGGCCUGGGCUUCGGACCAGAAGGUCAAGGCCCUCAAGAUUGUUAUCCAGUGCUCCAAGCUGCUGUCGGACACAGCGGUCAUCCAGUUCUACCCAAGCAAGUUUGUCCUCAUCACAGACAUUCUCGACACCUUUGGGCGGCUGGUAUACGAGCGGAUCUGGUCCAUGUGUGCAGACAGCCGACCCCUUCCAGACUCCUUCUCGUCGGAUGAUGUGAAUGACACGGCCAAAGAGACGUGUCUCAACUGGUUCUUCAAGAUCGCCUCCAUCCGAGAGCUCGUUCCUCGGCUAUACGUGGAGGCUGCCAUCCUGAAGUGUAAUCGCUUCCUGUCAAAAUCGGGCAUCCAGGAGACACUGCCUCGCCUCACUGCCAUGAUCCGAGGAAUAGGGGACCCCCUAGUGGCUGUGUACGCCCGAGCCUACCUCUGCAGGGUUGGAAUGGAGGUGGCUCCUCAACUGAAAGACUGCCUGAACAAGAACUUUUUUGACCUUUUGACGACCUUCAAGCAGAUCCAUGGAGAUUCGGUUCAGAAUCAGCUGGUGUUGCAGCGUGUUGAGAUCCCAGUCUACCUGACCCUGUACUCUCCUGCUAUCGACUGGAUCUUGCAGUGUGUGGCCUACCGGGCUCCAGAGGCUCUACUAACAGAGAUGAUGGAGAGGUGUAAGAAGCUGGGAAACAACGCCCUGCUCCUGAACUCGGUGAUGUCUGCAUUCCGCUCUGAGUUCAUUGCGGCUCGAGCCAUGGACUUCAUCGCAAUGAUCAAGGAGUGCGACGAAGCCGGCUUCCCCAAGCAUCUGCUGUUUGGUUCUCUGGGUCGGAACCUGGCCUGCGCUGACCCCCCUGAAAGUGACCGCUUAACCAUCCUGAACGAGGCCUGGAAGGUCGUCACCAAGCUGCGCGGUCCGCAGGAUUACAUCAACUGUGCUGAGAUCUGGGUGGAAUUCACCUGCCGCCACUUCACUAAGCGAGAGGUGAACACGGUGCUGGCUGACAUCAUCAAACACAUGACCCCAGACCGAACCUUCGAAGAGGCCUACCCACAGCUGCAGUCUGUGAUCCAGAAGAUCCUGAUGUACUUCCACGACUUCUCUGUGCUGUUCUCAGUGGACCGGUUCCUGCCCUUCCUUGACAUGUUCCAGAAGGACAGCGUACGGGUCGAGGUGUGCCGGGCCAUCAUGGAGGUUUUCAUCAGGUAUCAGCAGGAGCCCACGAGAGACCCAGUGAUCCUCAACGCGCUGCUGCACGUGUGCAAGACCAUGCACGACUCUGUCAAUGCCCUAACCCUGGAAGAUGAGAAGAGGUCACUGGCACUCCUAAUAAACGGUUUCAUCAGAAUGGUGUCGUUUGGUCGGGACUUUGAGCAGCAGCUGAGUUUCUGCGUGGAAGCUCGAGCCACCUUCUGUAACCUGGAGCCAGUCCUGGUGCAGCUCAUCCAUACGGUGAACCAGCUGGCGAUGGAGACUCGCAGGGUGAUGAGAGGGACGCACUCCCGAAAGACUGCAGCCUUCGUACGGGCCUGCGCCGCCUACAGCUUCAUCACCAUCCCCUCCCUGACUGGCAUCUUCAACCGGCUCAAUCUGUACCUGCACUCUGGCCAGGUUGCACUGGCCAACCAGUGUCUUUCCCAGGCUGAUGCUUUCCUGAAGGCGACCAUCAGUCUGCUUCCUGAGGUCCCGCGAUUUGUCAGUGUGGAGGGAAAGCUCCGCCCCUCCGAGGGAUUCCUGAUGGAAUUCCUGCAGAACUUCCUGUCCACCCUCCUGGUGGUGCCGGAUCACCCGGAACAGGGAGUGCUGUACCUGGUGCGCGGGCUCCUCAAUGUGGUCCAGGAUUAUACCUGGGAGGACAACAGCGACGCCAAAGUGCGAGUGUACACCAGCGCCCUGACCCUACUGGCAGCCAUGAGCCAGGAGAGCUACCUAUACCACAUCCCCAGAGUGGAUUCCAAUGAGACGCUGUACGGGGGGGACCCCAAGUUUGUAACGGAGAUCAACAAGCUGUGCGAGACCCUGAUUGGACAGAUCUUGGACCACCUAAAAACGCUGGGGAAAGAGGAGACGCUGCGCAGGCAGAGCUCCCUCGCUCUCUCACUCUUCAAUGUUCUGCUGGCUCACGGGGACCUUCGCAACAAUCGUCUCAACCAGCUGGCAGUGAACCUGUGGACCCUGGGCCAGAAGCACGGCUACGCGGACACACGCUCCACGGUGCGCUUGCUGGAGUUCAUCAAGCAACAGAGCCGGCAGCCUGACAUGAACCACCUGGCAGAGCUGGCUCUGCGGCUCCCCAUGCAGUCCAGGACCUGAAAUGCAGAGCCUAUCAUCAGCAUUCCUUCUUUAAAAAAAAAUCUGAUGUCCAAAAGCACAUGUGGAUUACAAAGAGGGAUUUAUGAAAUGACAGGUUACUAUUUCAGUGAAUGCAAAAUGUAUCCUUCAGGUCUAUAGGCUGCAAAUGAUUGAUGGGACAGGGUUGAGGAUGAGCAGCAUGGCACUUUCAGUGCUCAGUUCUGUUACAUCACACACUAACAUCCAAGUCUCAGAGUCACAGAAUUCCCAGGCGAUGCCUGAAGUACACAGUGUGUGAUGCAGUGCCAACAAAUACUAAUUAUACAUGAAGCACUAUUGCUGUGAUAAAAAUGUAACAGUAUAGUAAAUAAACUGUUGAUUCAGUAGUACUGAA